AUGAACCUCAACAAGCACCUCCAGACCAACGCCGCGUCCGAUGCGCUCACGACCGCGCUCGUGCCGUUUGGUCUCUCGACCACGUUGCGCGUCGCCACCUGGGCUCAAGCGCAUUUGCGCAAGCCCCGCGAGAGUCCGAUGCGGCAGCAGGAGACGACGAGCAUCUACAGCUUCAAGCACGCGAUCGCAACCGGCCAGCACUGCCACGUGCUCCUCGAGCACACGGUCGAGAGUCCGCUGACCGAGCUCAUGCAUGCCACCGUACACUUUGACGAGACGCUGCUCGGCGUGUCUGCCCCAGUGACGCACACGACGUGGACUCUCGGGCGACAGCACGCGUUCGAGCUCGAUUCGACGUCGGUGCAGUGGGACCUCCUCUCGGCCGUCGGGCUGCGCGAGCCGAGCUUCUUUCUUCGGCACACGACGCAGAUCGAGGCGACUGGUGACGAGUGCGCCAUGCACGUGACGAGUGCGACGCUGGCGUCCGACAUCCAGGUGCUCUUGCAGGCGCAGACGCCCGUGUUUGCGUUGCCCCGCCAGACGACGCCGACCGUCUUUGGCCUCGCGCUCGUGCCAUUGCGAGCGAACGCGACGCGGCUCCUUCUCGUCGGCGCGCUCCCGACCAAGCACGCUGCCCGCUUUGAGGUGCUCGGACGCACGCUCUUGCAAAAGCUCACGCAGAGCGUCGUCCACUGGCGCUUUGCAUUGUACGUGGCGCCGACGCCGGUCGUGCCGUCCGACGGCAUUGAGUUUUGCACCGAAGUGCUCUGCUUCAACGCCGUCGACCACCGCCGCAAGUGCGGUCUCUGCCUCGAAAACAUCUGCAAGGCGUGCGACGGCACGCCCGACACGAAGCGCGGCGCGUGUCGGACGUGCAUGGCCAAAGUCGCGUCGACUGCCGUGUCCAACGACGCGUCAGAUGACAUGGACAUGGAGAAGAAGAAGGACGAUGCGGCGGUGCCCGUAACAGACUCAAUGGCUACCGGUAUGACGGCGCUAGUCAAACCCGACUGGCUUGCCUACAACGACGAUCUGUGCUCGACGCUUCGUCCCGCGAGUCCGGCGCCGGUACUCGACGACACGAGUGACGACGACGACGACGAUUGCGACGACGACCACGGACCCUUUACCGUCGGUGCACCGCUGAAGCUGCUCGCAAUUCAGCGUCAGCGCAAACAAAUGCGCCUCGACAACUGUCUUUUUAUGGCCCAAGACUUGUGCUACGGCGAGGACCGUCCUCUUCUCACGGAUAUCGGUAGUGAGAGUGAGGAAUAA